ACAUCAGAGUCGACCCGAAUCGGUUCAAAAGUUUGAAACAUGUUUUCCAAAUUCAUAAAGGGCUAGUGAGGUCCUGUCAAAUCCUUCAACGAAUAGCAUCUUUCCCUUACUUAUCCCUUCCAAAAAUCUCAACACAACAAAGCUUAAGCUAGUAAAUAUGAAAUCAGAACUCCCUAUUUUCCUUCUUCAUAAAAUCUUCGGGACUUCCUCUAAUAGUUUUACAGGCUAUGAAAAAGAAAGAUCAUCUAGUACGAUUGACAAUAUUUUCCCGCUAUUUUAAGUUGUGUGUACAUUCGCCCACAAGUUUCAUCAUAAAUUAAGAUCUGAUAUUUUGAACACUAUCGACUCUAUUUCAAAUGAAAACAAUGGGAAAUCGAACCAGUGAGAAGUUGCCGGAUACGUUGACACCCUUGAGUGUUCCUCAAGAACAAAAUAAUAUAAAAUUGCCAUGGGGGCGACUUUACUCUUGUAUGGAAAAGUUCAAAUCAGUUGAUCUCACUUUGGACACAAUAACUUUAGGACGAGCUGAGCAAUGCACAAUAGUUGUAAAUAAAAAUAAUUUUCCCGAAUCCACUAUGUUGAAUAUUAGCAAAAUUCAUUUUACUAUAAUACGAGAUGAGUACACCGAUUUAAUAUACCUAAAAGAUGAGAGUAAAAAUGGAACUUUCAUAAAUGGUGCACUUGUUGGAAGAGGCAAUAGAAACAUUUUACAGCAUGACGAUGUUUUAUCUGUUGGAUUUAGAGGUUCUCAAAAAUUGUUUGUGUUCAAACUCUUGGAAAUGGAUGAAUCAAGCAAAUUACUUCCACCUGAAUUAAGGAAGAAGUAUAAACUGUCAAGAUUCCUAGGGAAAGGUGCAUGUGGUGAAGUUCAUCUUGUUUUUGAAAAAACCACUACCAAAGCAUAUGCCAUGAAGAAAAUAAAGAAGGGUGUUUAUUCCAGUGGAAAUAUCUACCACCUUGAUCACCCUAAUAAAAUUAUGAAUGAAGUGAAAAUUCUUAAGUCGCUUUCACAUCCUUGCGUUAUAAAAAUGAAGGAAAUAGUGGAAACCGAUAGUGAUGUGUGUAUGAUCUUGGAAUAUAUGGACGGAGGGGACCUUACAUCGAGGAUUUUAUCUAUAAGGCCAAUGACGGAACAGAAUGUGAAAUGUUUAUUUUACCAAAUAACUUUAGCAGUGCAAUAUCUUCACAGUGAAGGAAUAACCCACAGAGAUCUUAAGCCUGACAAUAUACUUUUAGCCAACGACGAGACUGAAACAGUAGUUAAACUGACGGAUUUUGGCUUGAGCAAAUUUUUACAUGAGUACACUGUGAUGAAAACCAUUUGUGGUACACCUCAAUAUGUAGCCCCCGAAAUUAUAGAUGGAUCUUACACUGAAUAUUCCUAUCAAGUAGACGUUUGGAGCUUGGGAGUCAUAUUAUUUUAUAUGUUGUCGAAACAGUUGCCAUUUAGGUCAACGGAACGAGCAGUAUUGAAUAAAUUGAUACUAACGGGACAAUACACCUUCAAUCCCAUUGUUUGGUCGGGUGUUUCCUCUGACGCCAAAGAUUUAAUCAAGAAUAUGUUGAUAGUCGAUCCAAACGAAAGGAUCUCAAUCAAUGAAGUAUUGGCACAUAGAUGGAUAGCAGAUGAUGUGAGCAUGCAGCAUCGUGUGGCCCAGAUCGUGCAGAAUGAAGGAUCGAACAGUGAGUAUUACUUUGACGAUAGUGAAAAUCUACAACCUCCUCCGAAAAAAUUCAAAUUGAUGGAAACCACAGUAUGAAUUCAGGAUUUCUAUAUUAAUUGCAUCAAUUAAAUAGUAAAUCCUUCUGUGUGAAUUUGAUCUUGAUUCGGGUCGAUUUUUUAUGUCAGUAAAAAAGAUCUGAAAUGUUUUCAUUUGAAAUGAAAGUGGCUAGUACAAUCUCGAGUGAAAAGAAAGAAAUUUGAAGUUGUUCAAAAUAAUUUGUGAUUUAUUUACUUAACGGUCGAUUUUUUCUCAAUUCAUCUAUUAGACGUAAGGAUUAUUGUUUUGAUACAGGGAGAUGUUCAGUCUGUGUCCAAAUAUUCACUGAAUACUAUUUUGUUGCAAAUAAUUUUGCAUACCAAAAAUCAUUCAGUUAUUUAGUUAACGGUUGAAUAUUUCUUUCGAGUCUCAUUUUGGAAAUUAAUUAAUAUUCUAAUGAACAUAGUUGUUCAAUUUGAGGAUAAUUAUUCACUUCCUUUUCAUUAUAUUGCCAUAUGAUUGUGAUAUGUUUGUUAUAUACGAAGGCUCUCUACUUUUAUUUUUAUAUACUAUUGUAAAUGUUCUUGAUGUACGAGAGUGGUAUAUAUUUUGUAUAAAGUUGUUAAAUUUGAUUAACUGUAAUAUUUUUUGUUUCCAGUAGAACUUAUUUCUGCAAGUGUUUGUUGUUUGAGAUAGAUCGUAUUUCAAACAAAUUUAUUGUUUACAGUAAACUGUUGACUUUGUAUUUUGUUCUAUAUUUUUUAUGAAUAUAUUAUAUCACAAGCCAUUAGCGACCUAGUAGUAAUUACAGUUCCAAAGUAUUAUUCCAUUUUUACAAAUGUGUCUUCAUAAUAAAUUGAUUAAUUCACA